AUGGGUGAUAGAAGCAGGCAUAGCAGGGCAAUGGAGAUGGCACAAUACCAAGCAAGGCUUGACAUUAAGGAUUUAGAACUGAUCAACGCCGAAGCUGAACUUGUAAACUCGUUUAUGCAAUAUGAGCACCAUGGCGAAUCUAGCCAUCGUGGUUCUGCCACGGGACAUUCAUUCUUGCAGCGUGAUAGAGAAGAGUGUCAUGACCAAAUGAUGAAAGAUUAUUUCAUUGAGAGGCCGAGAUUUCCUGCUCAUGAUUUUCGAAGGCGGUUUCGGAUGAUGAGAGAACUUUUUGAAGCUAAUGGGUGCUCUGCUGACUUAACUAACGAAUAUUGCCAACUUGCGGAGAGUACUGCUAUUGAGAACCUGAAGCGCUUCUGUCAAGCAAUUCAAGCCAUCUAUGGAGCCACAUACCUCCGCAAGCCAACUCAUGAAGACUUGAAAAGGCUUCUACGCAAGGCAGACAAAAAAAGCUUCCCGGGCAUGAUAGGAAGUCUCGAUUGUAUGCAUUGGGAGUGGAAGAAUUGUCCUACUGGUUGGGCUGGCCAAUUCAAGGGUCGUCAUAACAAGCCAACCAUCGUGCUGGAGGCUGUGGCAUCUUACGACACAUGGAUUUGGCAUGCAUUCUUCGGCUCUCCCGGAUCAAACAACGUUAUCAACGUUCUUUGGUCUUCUCCUCUGUUCGAUGAGGUUGUGAAUGGAUGGGCACCAGAAUUUCGAUACAAGGUAAAUGGUAAUAUGUAUGAGCUAGGUUACUACCUAACUGAUGAUGAGUACAUCGAAUUUGAAGAAGAUUCAGACGAAGAUGUGGAUGAUGACCAACCAACACAUGCGAGAGUUAUUGCAAGAGAUGUUGAAUAUCUCGCUCCAACCACAUAUGAGACCCGACAUGAUAGGGUCACCUUGGGUGAGUAUAUGAGACGUUUAAAUAGAAUUCAAGCUCCUCAAAUUCAUGACACACUCCGCAAGGAUUUGGUUGAGCAUGUGUGGCGCCGAGAAGGUGAACGUUGA